GGCAUUAAUACUUUUUCUAUUUUGCAUACGGUCAGCAGUCAUAUAGCUUCUUAAAUCUUUCCUUUAGUCUUUUAUUUUUGUUCUGCCAGCUCACCUGCCUCCUUGAAACUAUAUAGACUCUAUCACGCCAGAUUUGGCUAUGGCACCAGGUCGCAAGAAGAAGAAGCCUGCUUCCAACCCAGCAAGAGGAUUCACAACUACUUCAAUCCCAUCUAAAUCACAAGUCAUAAACUCUGGAGUGUUAACAAAGGCAGAACAGCCAUCUGUUACCAAAGAAGAGCAGAAACUAGCCACUGCAGGACAACCAGAGAAAUCCAAGGAUUCUUUGGAAAACCUGUCGCCAGAGGAGCUCGAGAAACAUCUCGAAGAGGCUGAACUACAGAGUCUGUUAGACAAGUAUGCAGGAAAAUGCAAAAACGAGGCUUCUCGUCAAGCUGGAAAACUCGAAACAGAGCGCCGCACUCUGCGUGCUCAAGGGAUGACCAUUAAUACUCGAGAUUGGUUAAGCCCGGAUAUCUGCAACCUGAUCAUUGAAAAAGAAAUCAAAGAAAUUGAAAAAUUACCGUCCUAUUUUAGUAGGUUUGACGAAAAUGCUGAUUUCAUGGCAAAUGAAGAAGAACUAUGUAUAAACAUGUGGACACUCAAGGAGACCCUGCUUAAACUUGGGUUUUCCAAGUCCAUGGUGGAUAAAGCGUUGAGAGGAAUUCUCUUACACUCUUCCCAGGAUCAAGCCUCAAACAAGGAUUUCACGUCGAGUAUAGGCCAGGUCCUUGAGUGGCUGGCAUCGCACUCCUCCGAAGAUGAGCUACCGAUAUACGGGCAGCAGAAACCCCCAGCAAAGCCGGACGAUCAAAAAGAUGAAAUAGAAGCAACACCUCCAAACUCUGGGACAAUCACUCCUGUUAACAAUAUAUCAACAAAGCCAAAAAGCCCUACGCACCCAAGCCCUUCGUUGGACUCAGACUCUGACAUGUCCGAUAUUGAUCUGGAUCCAGACGCAUUGAUCCCGCGUUAUCUAGAACUUCGAUCACGUAUCUAUUCCCUUCAACCAAGUUUUUUCAAUCAUCCCAAGACAAGGUCCAAAAAGGCUGCUGUGAGCGUAGUGGACCCUGCAAUUGAUUCCCAAAUAGAAAAAAUAAAGACUAAACUUGCUGUGGUCGAAAGGGAUAUCUUAUUUGAUUCCGAAAAAGCUGAGGCUGAAUGGAAAGAAAGGCUCUGUGAAUUGCGUGCUGAUACCGCUGGGUCGUUACGUGGAGGACUAAAACCUACAGAACCUAGCCUGAAAAUGGCAUCAGGAAGAGAUGGGAAGGGCCCACCAACCGAUACCGGUGGGCAGCCGAACUUAGUCGAUAGCGAUGACGACGAAAACAUCCUAGGAAGCAUGUUCGCGAUUGAGUCCGAUUCCCCUAUAGGAACGGCUGCGAAUGCCUUCACCGACGGGCGUGUGGUAACUAAGCUCAGAGAUUUUGGUAAAUCGGUUGGGAUCAAUCCCCGUCGCGUUUUGGAAGAAGCGUGCAGAACGAGAGACCCGGGUUUCAAAAUAGUUUAUAGGGACUUGGAUUCUACGUCUUAUUCCCACCGCAAGAGCGUUCGGAUAACUUGGUCCAAAGCCCAGGAGGUACCUCUGGAUAUUCCGUACCCCGACAUAUAUUUCACCUCGAAUCCGCAUUUCGUACAGGUUUCGAUGGAUUCCAUAAGUGCGACAACUGCACUGCAAGCAGAAUCCUACGUCUCUGUUGUUGCCUUAUUUAUUCUCUCUUCUUCGACGAGGGAAAAUAGAGCGUACAUGAAAUUACCUGGGCUGUGGAAGGACGUGUGGGAUGAGUUGUCCGGCUCCAGAAAGGAAUACGAGGAGGCUGCCGAUAAGGAAGUCGUUAAGGGUUUACAGGAUAUUUUUCAACAAGUUAAAAGUCAAGCCGACGAGGAUGUCGUGCUGAUCGAAAAUUUUAAACGACGGAACGGAAACGCGAGAGCGAGACAAGAGGAAAAUCUGCAACCGAAAUUUUCAAGUUCGCAACCGUCAAAAUACUUCCAAAGCCUAUGGAAAGACCGAUCUUCCACCGACCUUUUCGCAAAAAUGAUGAAAACCCGGACUAACCUCCCAAUAUGGCCAUUCAAAGAGCAGAUAAUAGAAAUGAUUUCAGCAAACCAAACGCUUAUCAUUUGUAGCGAAACCGGAAGUGGCAAGAGCACGCAAAUACCAUCUUUUAUCCUCGAAAAUGAACUCACAGCGGGCCGUCAUUGCAAGAUAUACGUGACCGAACCACGAAGGAUUUCGGCCAUAUCACUCGCAAAAAGAGUUAGCGAAGAACUCGGAGAGGGUAGGGACGCCAUUGGAACAGCUAGAUCUCUUGUGGGAUACGCAAUAAGGCUGGAGAGCAAAGUAGUGGCAUCUAGUAGAUUGAUAUAUGCGACAACGGGAGUAGUAAUCAGGAUGUUAGAACGGCCGCAUGAUUUCAACGACAUAACUCAUUUGGUUUUGGACGAAGUUCACGAGCGCACGCUUGAUAGCGAUUUUUUAUUGAUUAUACUUCGUCGACUUUUGAAUCAACGAGCAGACCUUAAAUUAGUCCUCAUGUCUGCGACCGUUGAUGCGCAGAUGUUUUCUGCAUAUCUCGAUGGCGCACCAGUCCUGAAUAUUCCUGGUCGGACAUUCGCUGUGCAAACCAAUUAUCUGGAGGAUGCGAUCGAGGUCACGAGGCACUGUUCACACGAAAAGGAGUCGCUAGAUUAUACAGACGAAAGCGAUUUCUCCAGCACUGAACGGGCUCAAACUGACGAGAGUCUACGAUCCACAUUGUCCGCAUAUAGCAAACAAACUUGCGAUGCGGUUUGUUCUUUUGACGAAUAUCGCCUUGAUUAUAAGCUGAUCAUAGAUUUGAUUUUCACUAUAGCGACUAAACCCGGGCUAGAGAAAUAUAGCAAGGCAUUCUUGGUUUUCAUGCCUGGGCUAGCGGAAAUACGCAGGCUGCAUGACGGAAUACUUUCAGAGCCAUUUUUUGAAAACGGUUGGAUAGUGCAUUCUCUUCACUCUUCAAUAGCCAGUGAGGAGCAGGAAAAGGCAUUUUUAGUCCCUCAAAAUGGAACAAGAAAAAUUGUCAUCGCAACAAAUAUUGCUGAGACUGGGAUUACAAUUCCGGAUAUAACUGCAGUAAUAGAUACGGGAAAAGAGAAGGUUAUGCGGUUUGACGAGCGACGUCAGAUAUCAAGACUCGUUGAAACGUUUAUAUCCCGUGCCAAUGCUAAGCAACGACGUGGCAGAGCUGGAAGAGUUCAAGAAGGCCUCUGUUUUCACUUAUUUACCAAACAUCGCCACGAUAAACUGAUGGCAGAUCAACAAACCCCUGAAAUGCUCCGUCUCUCUCUUCAAGACCUAAUCCUUCGAGUGAAAAUCUGCAAUCUCGGUGACAUUGAGGAAACUCUCUCUGAAGCACUCGAUCCUCCAUCAUCCAAGAAUAUUCGUCGGGCGAUAGAGGCACUCAAGGCAGUCAAGGCUCUUACUAACACUGAAGUGUUGACACCCUUAGGCAGGCAACUCGCUCAACUGCCACUGGAUGUGUUCUUAGGCAAGUUAAUCCUGUAUGGUGCUCUGUUUCAAUGUGUAGAUUCAACGGUGAGCAUCGCGGCCAUUUUAUCCUGCAAAUCCCCUUUUGUACAUACAGCCGCAUCGAGCAAUACCACACAGGCUGCAAAACGUGCUUUUGAUCGAGGGAAUUCCGAUCUGUUGUCUGUCUACAACGCUUACUGUGCGUGGAAAAAAUGCCGUGAGACACCAAGAAUGAACGAGUUCACGUUCUGUCGAAAGAACUGCUUGAGCCCCCAAGCACUGUUAAAUAUAGAAGAUGUCAAAACUCAAUUGCUAGUUUCCCUAGUUGAUACAGGCCUGGUAAAGCUGGAUGUUUCCGAAGAAGCUGAUUUGAGCAGGGCACGAUUUUCUGGACGCAGACGCCAGUUUUUCACAGUGCCCGAACGACUGGAUGUCAAUAGCAGCAAUGACCUGGUUGUAAACUCUGUUAUUGCAUGGAGUUUCUACCCUAGGAUUUUGACCCGCCAAGGGAAAGGAUGGAGGAACAUUUCAAACAAUCAGUCAGUGGUUCUCCACACGACAUCAGUAAAUAAGACUGCAGAACUUUCAACAAAGUGGCUCUCUUAUUAUCAUAUAAUGCAGUCACGAAAUCGGAACUACAACGCGCAUGAGACGAGCGCGGCCGAGGACUUUCCCAUUGCGUUGCUUUGCGGUGAUGUUGAGUUCAAGAUGUAUUCUGGGGUGGUGUCAAUAGACGGUAAUCGCAUUAGAUUCUCGGUGAAAGAUUGGAAGUCGAUGAUGGCGCUCAAAGCCUUGAGCACCAGGAUUCGAGAUAUCAUUUCCCAGAUCUUCCGAAAUCCUAAGAAAGACUUAACGAUCGAUCAGAAGGAUUGGUUUGAUAUCUUGCAGCAAGUGUUCAUUCAGCAGAAAGAAAAGAGAAGCGAAAAGAGCCAAAGAAGGUAAUAUGCUAUUCCUUGGCUUCACUUCCCUAGUGUCCAGCCUACAUUCAUUUCUUGGUGAUUACAGAUAAAAUGUGGUUCCAUUAGGGAUGAAAUAUACUUGGCAAAAUCUCUUUUCUGUUCCUUUGCAUGAUUCGAAGGGCUAAUGGGAUCUCCCUCGCUACAUGGG